UCCACCUAUUUUCCGAUAAGGUUUAAGGCCGACCAUCAUGGGUUCUAUCAGUCUACAUAAUCUACUAAUAUGGCGGCUCGUUUUAUGUUAUAUUACGUUUUAGUUUUCACUUUUUUCGAUUAUGUCAUAUUGGACGAGAGUGCGUGCGGUAAACCAUUAGGAGAAGAUUUCCGUUUGCACGAAGAAGACAGAAUCGUUUCUGGGUAUGACAUAGGAUACUAUAGAUACCCUUGGUAUGCGGCUCUAAUAAGAUAUAAAUCAGUAUCUUGCGGAGGGGCUCUAAUUGCACCUAAAACUGUUUUAACGGCUGCGCAUUGCUAUAAAGAAUUUUUAACGUUAGCACAACACGGUGGUUUAACUUUAGAAUCAAUUUUUACUGUCAGGUUAGGAAUAUACAAUAUAUGCGUAAACGAAUCCACUCAAAAAGAGUAUUCAGUUGAGAAAGUGAACGUCCACGAAUUAUAUCAGCAGAAGAUGCCUUACUACGACAUUUGUUUAUUGAAAUUAGUCGGUAAUACCGAUCAGUACCGUCCGAUUUGUUUACCACCACCGACGUUGAAAAAGAAGCCAUUAUAUGGGACAGUACCGGGCUUGGGUACUUUGAGGUAUCGCGGAGCUAUGCCUUGUACUGUACACGAAGCCCGUCUAUUAUUUUACAACGAUUCUAUGUGCCAUGAUAUGAUAAAUAAAACCGGAAACGAUGCGUCUAUUAUAGAAAAUGCAUUUUGCGCCGGAUAUAUACAAGGUGGAAUAGAUACAUGUCAGGGGGACAGUGGGGGUCCACUGCAAAGUAUAAAUCAAAAUGGGAACUACGUUGUUAUCGGAAUAGUCUCGUUUGGUUUCCGAUGCGCCGUUCCUGGUGUUUUGGGAAUGUACACCGACGUAUCGAAAUAUAUAAACUGGAUCAAUGAAAAAACUGGAAUAGACGCGCCAACAAUAGUUAAUAGUUUCCAAGAGAAACCGGUAGAUAACGGUACUAACGUCAAUAAUGUACACACUGGAGUGGGGAGUGUAGGUACAGGAGGAGCUCUAUGUUCGGAAUCAGCCCCGGGAACAAAGCUGAGAUUAGCUCUAUGGUUAUUUGUCUACAUAUUUGAAUUAGGAAGUCGCUGGAACGCGACCGAAUCUGAACUAUCACGCACUGUAUUUGAUCAUCACAUAACCAAACAUUUUGAAAAAUAAAUUUAUACGUACGUAAAGGUUUAUUAUUUGAUUGUAUUUUUUUAUGCUUCGGAUGUUAUUGGAAUUUAUUUAUUUUUAAAAUAACUACCAACAAAUUAGAAAGGUUUUCGUUGUAAUUUUAUAGAACCAAGAAGAAUUGUAGUUUUGUUAUUUUGUUA